CACAUCCUAUAAAAGCCCUUUCUCGGUUAACGCUAUUGCUUCCCCGCGAAAACCAAAUUCCAUUUUCUCUCAAUUGGAGGGACGAAAAUUCCAGACACAACAGAGAUUUGAAGACCGACACUCGGCCAUUGAGACGAUACCGUCGCCCAUUUCACGAUGGGGAACCGAAGAUUUGCGCAGGUUUCCACUAGCGAUGAGGAAGACGAAGUACCAGUUACGAAGCAGCAACCUUCCAAUUCAGACGACAACUUGUCAAUUCGUAGGAAGAGGAAGAAGAUGAAGCUUCUAGAGGAGGAGGAGGAGGAGGAGGUGGUGGAAGGGGACGAGAGGCAUCGCAGGAGUAGAAGAAGUAGUAACAAGGGAGAGAAGGAGGUGGAAGCGUCGAAACGACAGCAGGCGGAAGAUGAAGAUGAGGAUGAUCAGUCGCAAGAGGAUGCGAAGCCGAUUGGGGAUGCUGUUAGGGUUUCUGGGAAAGGGAGGGGACGGAAGAGCCACUACAACGCGUUUGAAUAUGAUGGGAACAAAUAUGAUCUUGAGGAUCCGGUACUUCUAGUUCCUGAGGACAAGGAUCAAAAACCUUAUGUGGCAAUUAUUAAGGAUAUUACUCGGAACAAAGAUGGCAUGAUGGUCACUGGGCAGUGGUUUUACCGUCCUGAAGAAGCUGAAAAAAAGGGGGGUGGAAGUUGGCAAUCACAUGAUACUCGAGAGCUGUUUUAUAGUUUCCACCGAGAUCAGGUUCCUGCAGAAUCUGUAAUGCACAAAUGUGUUGUGCAUUUUGUUCCAUUGCAUAAGCAACUUCCAAUUCGUAAGCAACAUCCUGGAUUUAUUGUGCGAAAAGUGUACGACACAGUUGAAAAAAAACUUUGGAAACUAACUGAUAAGGAUUACGAAGACUCUAAGCAGCAGGAAAUUGAUGAACUUGUCAAGAAGACUAUGUCACGGUUAGGAGAUCUCCCUGAUAUUGAGCCUGAAGAUGCCACACCUGAUCUGGAAGAUCAGUUGAAAACUAAAAGAAGUCUCAAAAGAAAAAACAUUUCUCCUCUUGAUGUUACAAGAGAUGAAUCAGAGGCAACCAGAUCUGAUCACAGCUUAAAAGCUGAAACUCCAGGAAGCUGUCCAACUAAUCGAUCAGAGUACUACUCCAUAUUGGAAAUACACGAUGUUCUAACAGGUGAAACACAUCGAGAUAGAUGGUUGGAAAAACUUUUGGAGGGGGUUCAGUACAUAUGUCACUCUCCUGAGAACACACGUGAGGAUGAUACAGGAAAAACUGCUGCUAAUGGUGUCAACCAUGAAAAUAAGAAUCCAGAAUCGUCGAGGACAGCAGAGAACAAUGAUAAAAGCUGCAAGUCUUUUCUCUGGCCAGAUGCAGCCGUUCCGGCAAUAACUGGUCUUGAGAAGGUGUCGAAUGAUGCUCUGUCUGCCGAUUUUCAGAAGUAUAACCAAAAAAUGCGGCAAUUGGUGUUCAAUCUCAAGAAUAAUCGUUUACUAGCUCAACGGCUGUUAAAUGGAGAGUUGGAACCGUUAAAAAUCCUUAAUAUGUCACCCAAUGAGCUUAAGGAAGGACUGACUGCUGAGGAGACAGCUGCAAAUAAAGAGCCUGAUGAAUCUGAGCGUAUGCAGAUGACAGAUGCUCGGUGUUCAAGAUGCACAGAAUGUAAAGUGGGUGUCAGGGAAAUCAUCCAAACAGGACAUGGAGAACGAUAUAAGUUGGAGUGCAUUGCCUGUGGUCAUUCUUGGUAUGCCUCUAGGGAUGAACUAUCCAUGCUAACAAUAGACGCAGCGACAAAUUCUACAAAGGGCGUUGGAACUGCACCAUGGGCAACUGCCAAAUUCGAAGAUGUGGAGAAGAGUCUACUCAGUCCUCACGAACCCGAAAAAGCUGCUGAGGACCUCUUCAAAAAGACGACUGAAGCGUACAUGCCAGUGUUGGAUAGCCAGAAAUCUAGCAAGUCUAAAAAGGAAGACAACGUAGAAACUACUAAAAAUGUCCAGUAAGGAAUGAGCUGACCUUGUUUACACUUAGGAUCGGUGUCAGUGUACAGUUAGGCAGGUUACCAUAUGUAUCUAAACUUUCCACCGCCCUGUCGUCUUGAGUUGUCGUUAAGUAGUUAGCUAGGUUUACAGUUCAAAUAAAUUAUUACCGAAACCCGAACUUUGCUUAGAUUCCAUAUUUAUACAAUCUUCUGCAUAGUCACAGUGUUGGUUUUGGGAUUGAUUCCUAAAUGGUGGCUAGCUUGGCCGGAGCUUUCCUUGCGCUACAUUAAA